CUAUUUAAGGCCACUUCGAUCGAAACCCGYUUCGUAUCAUCUCUUCAACGACUCCGAUUGUGCAUCAAGUCACUGAGAUUUGUUUCUUUAGCGUUUCUGAGUUUAGGGUUUCGCUCUAACCCAGCAUUCUGGCUCUGGGUUCUUAGGGUUUUUGCUUCUACCUUUAUUGUUUUUCUUCGCCAAUCAUAAAAUGGCUGGAAAAACCGUAUUAUCAGACGAAGAAGAUGAGAUUGAAGUAGAAGAGGACGAGAGGGAAGAGCCUGAUGGGGACGCAGUUGAUCCUGAAGAUCGUGACGAAGAGGACGAAGAAGAUGAAGAAGGAGAAGAUGAGUAUGAGAAAGACGGAUUCAUAGUGGACGAUGUUGAUGAAGAUGAACAGGAUGCGGAAGAAGAGGACAGGGCAGAUAGUGAUGAGGAGAGGCAAAGGAAGAAGAAAAGAAAGAAAAGAGAAUCGGAGAAGAACUAUGUUCUAGAUGAAGAUGACUACGAGCUCCUCCAAGACAAUAACAUCACUGGCUUUCGUCGUCCAAAAGUUGAGAGUAAAAAAUUUAAGCGACUAAAAAAAGCAAGGGCUGAUGCUGAUGAAGGGCAAUCAGGAUUUUCCGAUGAGGAGGAAUAUAAUAGGAGUGGAAAGGGUGGGCGGAGUGCAGAGGAGAAACUCAAACGUAGUUUAUUUGGGGAUGAUGAGGGUCCUCCCAUAGAGGAUAUUGCUGAAGAGGAUCAACCUGAAGAGGAAGAGGAUGGAGACAUUGGUGAAGAAGAAGAUGAAAUGGCCGACUUCAUUGUUGAUGAAGAAGAGGUUGAUGAGCAUGGAGAACCAACAAGGAGGAGGAAGGUUAACAAGAAAAAAUCUAGGCAGGCCCCAGGAGUUUCCUCCUCCGCAAUGCAGGAGGCUCAUGACAUAUUUGGUGAUGUUGAUGAGCUCUUGAGGCAACGCAAAUUGGGACUAGAAAAGAUCAACAGGUUUGAUGAAACUGGUGAAUGGAGGGAAAGGAAGCUUGAAGACGAGUUCGAACCGAUCAUUCUUUCAGAGAAGUACAUGACUGAGAAGGAUGACCAUAUACGGGAGAUAGACAUUCCAGAAAGAAUGCAGAUAUCCGAGGAAAGCACUGGUCCUCCGCCAACAGAUGAUAUGAGUAUAGACGAGCAGAGUAACUGGAUUCUUAAUCAACUUGGAACGAGUAUGGCGCCUUUGUUUGGCAAAGGAGGUACCAGGACAACUGAAGAAGGGCAUGAGCUAGCAAUACUUAAGGAUGAUGUUAUGCGGUUUUUGGAAUUUAUGCAUGUUCAGAAAUUAGAUGUACCUUUUAUUGCUAUGUAUAGGAAGGAGGAGUGCCGGAGCCUUUUUAAGGAUCCAGAAUCGCAAGCUGACAAGAACCAAAGUAACUCUGACCAAAAACCCAAACUGAGGUGGCACAAGGUUGGAUAUACUAUGCAGGUACUUUGGGCUAUCUUGGAGCUAGACAGAAAGUGGUUACUGCUUCAAAAACGGAAAAGUGCUCUACAGUCGUACUACAAUAAGCGAUUUGAAGAAGAACGAAAUGUGUAUGAUGAAACACGUCUUCAUUUGAAUCAGAAACUGUUCGAUUCUAUUACCAAGUCCCUCAAAGUUGCCGAGUCAGAAAGGGAAAUCGAUGAUGUUGACUCAAAAUUUAAYCUGCACUUUCCACCUGGUGAACAUAAUGUGGAUGAAGGACAGUUCAAGAGACCAAAGAGAAAAUCACAGUAUAGCAUYUGUAGCAAAGCUGGACUAUGGGAGGUUGCUAGCAAGUUUGGCUAUAGCUCCGAGGAAUUUGGAUUGCUUAUUUCUCUUGAACAAAUGAGGAUGGAUGAAUUGGAGGAUGCAAAGGAAACCCCAGAAGAGGUGGCAUCAACAUUUACAUGUGCAAUGUUUGUAAAUCCUCAAGCUGUCCUCAGAGGCGCUAGACACAUGGCAGCAGUUGAGAUUAGUUGYGAACCAUGUGUCAGGAGACAUGUACGUAGCAUCUUCAUGGAUAACGCGGUGGUGUCGACUAGUCCCACUUCUGAUGGCAAUGUGGCUAUAGAUUCUCUUCAUCAAUUUGCGGGGAUCAAGUGGUUGAAGGACAAACCUUUGACAAGAUUUGAGGAUGCCCAAUGGCUUCUUAUUCAAAAAGCUGAGGAGGAGAAGCUUAUCCAAGUUUCUGUUAAGCUUCCAGUAUCAGUUCAUGAUAAAUUAAUUAGUGAUGCCCAUGACUACUAUCUUAGUGACGGUGUGAGUAAAUCUGCUCAAUUGUGGAAUGAACAAAGGAAGUUGAUAAUAAAAGAUGCUUUUGAUGGGUUGCUUUUACCUUCUAUGGCGAAAGAGGCAAGAGCGUUGUUGACCAGCAGAGCAAAAAACUGGUUACUCAUGGAAUACGGAAGGCUAUUAUGGGGCAAAGUCUCUGUGGCACCUUAUCAGAAAAAGGAUCAUGAUGUCAAUUCCUCAGAUGAUUAUGAAGCUGCACCAAGAGUUAUGGCAUGCUGUUGGGGACCUGGGAAGCCUGCAACAACAUUUGUGAUGUUGGAUUCAUAUGGGGAAGUUCUUGAUGUGCUAUAUGCGGGUUCCCUAAGUAUACGUGGUCAAAGUGUUGCUGACCAACAACGUAAAAAGAACGAUCAACAGCGGGUUGUUAAGUUCAUGACGGAUCACCAACCUCAUGUUGUUGUUCUGGGAGCUGUGAAUUUGUCUUGCGCUCGGCUAAAGGAGGAUAUUUAUGAGAUCAUUUUCAAGAUGGUAGAAGAUAACCCAAGAGAUGUUGGCCAUGAAAUGGAUGGUUUAAGCAUUGUAUAUGCUGAUGAGUCUCUCCCACACUUGUAUGAAAAUUCUCGUAUAUCAUCUGAUCAGCUUCAGCCGCAACCUGGCAUUGUUAAGCGUGCUGUGGCCCUUGGACGUUAUCUUCAAAAUCCUUUAGCAAUGGUUGCUACCCUCUGUGGACCAUCAAAGGAGAUAUUAUCAUGGAAACUUAGUCCUCUGGAAAGCUUUCUGACCGCUGAUGAGAAAUAUGGCAUGGUUGAACAAAUUAUGGUAGAUGCUACUAACCAAGUGGGUCUCGAUGUGAAUUUAGCCAUAAGCCAUGAAUGGUUAUUCGCUCCUCUACAGUUUAUUUCCGGGCUUGGACCCAGAAAAGCUGCUUCUCUUCAGAGGUCCUUAGUGAGAGCUAGUUCAAUAUAUACCAGAAAGGACUUGUUGAACCACGGUCUUGGCAAAAAGGUGUUUGUAAAUGCAGUUGGGUUCUUACGUGUUCGCCGAAGUGGAAAUGCUGCCAGCAGUAGUCAGUUCAUUGAUUUGUUGGAUGAUACAAGAAUCCACCCGGAAUCAUAUGGUCUUGCACAGGAGUUGGCUAAAGAUAUUUAUAGCGCAGAUAACCAAGAUGAUGUGAACGACGAUGAUGAUAUGCUUGAAAUGGCGAUAGAGCAUGUGAGAGAAAAUCCUAAUUUAUUGAAGAGUCUUGAGGUCAAUGCGUAUGCCAAAUCCAAGAAACGGGAGAAUAAGAAAGACACGCUCCAUCAUACGAGAUUGGAGCUGAUACAAGGUUUUCAGGACUGGCGAACAAAAUAUGCGGAACCUAGUCUGGAUGAAGAGUUUUAUAUGAUCUCUGGGGAGACAGAGGACACACUUUCCGAGGGUAGAAUUGUGCAGGCAACUGUUCGUAGGGUUCAACCUCAAAGAGCAAUAUGUAAUCUUGAGUCGGGAUUGACUGGUAUGCUCAGCAAGGAAGAUUAUAGUGACGACCGUAGGGACAAUGAUUUGACUGAGAGGUUGAAUGAAGGUGAUAUCCUAACGUGCAAAAUAAAAUCGAUUCAGAAAAAUAGGCAUCAGGUCUUCUUAAGCUGUAGAGAAAAUGAUUUAAGGAGCGACCGAUCUCAAAACUAUAGAGCCAUGGAUCCGUAUUAUCAUGAAGACCGUGACAAUUCCGAAAAUGAUAAAGAAAAAGCUCGUAAGGCGAAAGAGUUGGCAAAGAAACAUUUCAAGCCAAGAAUGAUUGUUCAUCCUCGAUUCCAGAAUAUUACAGCCGAUGAAGCAAUGGAGAUGCUGUCUGAUAAGGAACCUGGUGAGAGUAUUGUUCGGCCUAGCUCUCGUGGACCCUCAUACUUAACUUUGACGCUCAAGAUCUACGAUGGUGUUUACGCUCACAAAGACAUUAUCGAAGGCGGAAAGGAGAACAAGGACAUUACAAGUAUGCUGCGCCUUGGAAAAACACUAAAAAUAGGAGAGGAUGUAUUUGAAGAUCUGGAUGAGGUAAUGGAUCGGUAUGUUGAUCCAUUAGUAGGUCACCUGAAGACGAUGCUGGCAUACCGCAAGUUUAGAGAUGGGGUAAAAGCGGAAGUUGACGAGAGCUUAAGGAAAGAAAAAUCUGAGAAUCCAUCGAGAAUUGUUUACUCCUUUGGUAUAUCUCAUGAACAUCCCGGCACCCUUAUCCUAACGUAUAUACGGAGUUCAAAUCCACAUCAUGAGUAUAUCGGACUGUAUCCAAAAGGGUUUAAAUUCCGCAAGAAGAUGUUUGAGGAAAUUGAUAGAUUGGUGGCGUAUUUUCAACGACACAUUGAUGAUCCACAUGAUGCUGGGCCGUCAAUUCGGUCAGUUGCAGCCAUGGUGCCAAUGCGCAGCCCAGCAACUGGUGGUUCUGGUGGUUGGGGUGGUUCCAAUAGCAAUGAGAGCGGGUGGAGAGGCUCGUCUGGAGAUCGAGAAAGAACUUCUACUCCGAGCUCUAGAAGUGGUAGAAGUGAUUACAGGAACGGUGGCGGUCAUGAUGCACAUCCGAGCGGUGUGCCUAGGCCUUACGGCAGUGGUGGUGGUCGUGGGCGGGGGCGAGGAGGACGAGGGUAUCACAACCGAGGAAACGAGGGUGGGUCGAAGGAAGGGGAAGAUGGGUGGGGUAGCUUUCCAGGUGCAAAAACUCAAAACUCUCCAGGAAGGGAAGCUUUUCCCGGUGGUUGGGUUGACGGUGGCAGCAAGAGAAGUUCUGUCCAAUCACAAGCCGGAGGAAGUGGCGGUGGCGGUGCUGGGUGGUCGACUGGAUGGUAGUAGUAGUUUUAUUUCUUUGUUUUACAUGAAUUGGAAUCUUGUACUUGCAGAUGUAUUAGUUCUUAUUUCUUUCUGUUUUAGAUAUAAAUUUUGUUCUUGAAUAUUGUUUGGAUAGAAAUAUAAGAUGCUGCCGAUUGCGAAGGUGCUCGGU